CAUGGACACACGUUUGCUAGUUGCACUGUUGCUGAUCGCGGCUGCCAGGGCAGAGGAUCAGGACGAAGAUCUGCGAAAGCGAUUGAAGCCCGGCCGAUAUGUUCCCCAGCUGCACGGAGCUACGGGUUGGUAUAUGCCGGAUAAUAGUGGAAAGUACCAGCACGAUCCCCGACCCUACGACGGUGGUUACGGGGAUCGUGGUCAGCCGUACUCCACCGAUCUGCGGGGCAUUUUCCGGAAUGCCCAGGAACAACUGGAGGCCAGGGUGCAGGAGGCUGGUGAUAACCUAUCGCUCGGUCCCCGGGAUCAUCUGCGAUUCAUGAUCGACUUCAACUUCAACGGCACCGGCUGGCAGAUAAUCCAGUUCCAGUGGGUGCGAGAUGGCGAUGAAUCCAAUCCCGAUGCAAAGCAGUACAGCUAUGUGAAUGAGAACAAACUGUGGGAAUCGGAUCAGGCCUAUGAAUACGGGGAGCCCAACGAUGGUUGCGAUGUGGACUGUCAGCCGGAUACCGCAGAGUACCAGGAGUCAAAGGAGCCUGUCCAGGAGCCAGUUGGAGAGCCAGUUGAGGAACAGAAGCAGCCAAAAGAUGGCAUCAAUGCAGAAAAAGAUCCCGUCCGGAUUCACGACACCAUCAAUGAGGUCCUGGAGUACAUACAACAGCGAAUCCUGCCUACAUUGAGAUAAAACUAUUACCUAAAUAAAUAAAGAAUCACCCGAAAUACACACUGAAUCAUUAUAAAAAUGUA